AUGGUUAAGGUAAUAAUUGCAAUUUCAUCAUACAACGAGAUAUUCUACGAAGAUGGACAGAGAGCUGGAGCUUUGGUUUCAGAGAUUUUAGAACCCUUUGUUGAAUUUUACGAAAAAGGUUACGAUGUCACCAUUGCUUCCGAGACAGGUACAUUUGGCUACGAUGAACAUAGUUUUGCUGAAUAUCCGUUGCACGGUAAAUUUCAAGAAGCUUACGAUGACCAAAACUCACCCUACAACAAAGCCAUUAGACAACUCAAAAAAGCCAGUGACUUGUUGAACACAGACUUUGAUGUGUUUUUUGCUGCUGGUGGUCAUGGUGCCAUUUACGAUUUGGUUCAUGCGACAAACUUGCACAAGAUUGCUUUAAAGACUUUUGAGAAUAACAAGGUGAUUGGUGCAGUUUGUCAUGGCCCUGCUAUAUUUGCAAAUUUGAAUCUUUCCAACGGACAACCAUUGAUCAAGGGUAAGCAAAUUACCGGUUUUCCCGAUGCUGGCGAGGAGGAAUUAGGGUUGGAAGAGAUUAUUAAAAAGGACAAGGUCUUGACGAUCGCGGAAAUUGCCAAAAAGGAAGGUGCAAACUUUAUUGAACCAAAGGAUACAUGGAGCAACUUUACAGUUGUUGAUGGCAAUUUGUUUACCGGAGCCAACCCAGCAUCUGCCGUUGAACUCGCUAAGAAGAUUUCUGCUGCAAUCGACUCUAUUUAG